CGCUGCUACCCGCGUCUACUAAUAGCACUUUGGGACUAUGCAAGUCGGCCUGGUUGACGAGAAAACUCGGCUCCCUUUCCCUCAAGCGCCUCAAGUUGUUCUCCAUCCGCGACAGAGUAUCUACCGCAUCCUCUUGCUCACUCUCGCACUCUGCUCAUGCAUCGGAUUCACCGCAAGACACUAUGCAACAACUAUCGCGAACGCGUUUGAUUUGUAUCGGGCCGCACCCGUUAUGUGUCCGCAAGCGGACCUCCUCAUUCCGCAGCGGCAUUCUCGUGUAUCGCAGGCGCUCAGGGACGUUCUCGCGACGGACAGUUUCCAGACGCAGGCUGUAGAAUGGCUUUCGAAGGCGGUUCAGAUCCCUACCGAGAUGUACGAUGAUAUGCCACCCGUUGGCCAGGAUCCACGAUGGGAUGUGUUUUCGACUUUCCAUGACUACCUCGCUUUCACUUUCCCUCGGGUACAUGACAAACUUUCGUUGACGAAGGUCAAUACGUACGGACUGUUGUAUCAGUGGAAUGGCUCAGACUCGAGCCUCAAACCGAUCCUGGUCACUGCCCACCAAGAUGUGGUUCCUGUGGAACCUCUGACCUGGAAGGACUGGAAGCAUCCGCCGUUCUCCGGCUACUAUGAUGGCGAGUUCAUUUGGGGUCGUGGGAGUGCCGACGACAAGAGCGGCCUGAUUUCAGUCUUGGGUGCUAUAGAAUUUUUGCUCGAGCAAGGAUUUAGCCCUUCGCGAACUGUCGUCCUCGCAUUCGGCUUCGACGAGGAGGCUUUCGGUUUCCGCGGUGCGGGCACCCUUGGCCCGGCGAUAGAAGAGCUAUACGGCAGUCACUAUCCAUUUGCGUUUGUAAUCGACGAAGGGGGCGGAUUUGAUGGUGAUCUGGUUCACGGUGUUUUCGCCACCCCGGCUAUUGCCGAGAAAGGCUUCAUCAAUGUCCAACUCGAGUUGACAUCUCCUGGAGGCCAUUCGUCUAUUCCUCCCGAGCAUACGACAAUCGGCAUGCUGGCCGCGCUCGUCGUUAAAUACGAAGACAAUCCGUUCCCGUUGCACUUGUCUCGUGACUCGGUGACAUAUCGCACCCUCCAAUGUCGUGCAGAGCACUCCCGGAACAUGUCCAAGGACCUGAAACAGGCCAUCAAGCGAUCCACACAUUCAGAUGAAGCACUCCACAAACUUGAAACCAUCAUCUUCCUUGACAAGACAUACCGUGCUCUGGUUGGGACGACUGCGGCCGUAGAUAUCAUCCACGGUGGCGUUAAAAGCAACGCACUUCCCGAGCAAGCUAUCGCCAUCAUCAAUCAUCGUAUCUCGAUCGAAAGCUCAGUUGCCGAAACCAUGGCAUAUGACACUGCUCUCCUGCAAGGCCUGGCCAACAAAUACAAUCUGACGUAUACAGCGUUCGGUAAAUUGAUCUCGGUUCCGGGUGCCUCAGCCUAUGGGGCCUUGACUGUCACAGAUGCUCGUGGAACGGCACUGGAGCCAGCGCCAAUUACGCUUUUUGCGGGACCUGGCUCUGAGGCAUACAAACUUCUUUCUGGGACCAUAAAAGCGGUGUUCAAUGCCCAUCGGAAUCUGCAUGAUCCGUCUGCAAUUACUGUCGCCCCUGCACACAGCACCGGCAAUACAGACACCCGCCAUUACUGGAACUUGUCUCGAAACAUCUUCCGAUACAACCACAGGAACUCGAUGGGAAGGGACCGUCUGACUGGGGCCCAUACCGUCAAUGAAGGUUCUGCCCUUCUGGCUGAUGGCCUGGUGGAGAUGAUUCGCUUCUACGCGACGCUCAUUCUAAAUGCGGAUGAAUCCACUCUCAUCUAAUCAGUUGCUGCAUAGAAGCACUUGAACGAUGCACCGAUUCUCGGAUGAGGAGCCAGUCAGACAAGCUGGCUAGGGACCAGUUGGAUUUGAGAGGGGAUAGUGAUAGUAGACGCGGAGAGCAGAUGAUGUCACAGGAAAUUUCGAAGUCGAGUUGCAUAAUGGAGUGCGGCGCAUGCAGAGAAUCUGGUUGAAGUCCAGCUGUCUGUCUGGGAGUUGCCUCGUCGCCCACAAUCUGGGCGGGAAAUGCUGGACAGAACUGUAUAUCCGGCAAAAGCAAGCAAAUUCCAACACCAAGACGUAACAUUGCCCGAGCAUGGAAGCUCUAAACAGCCCUAGGAUAAGUGACAAAAGGGGCCGAGGUCGUUAGGUGUGAAAAUUCGACUGAGUGGCGAAACGGACAGCGAAGAGAGAUCCAUCGAGCGGCAAUAGCAAAUCCCGAAUGGGACAAGGCUGAUGGAACCGAAUCAUCUGAUCUAAUUUGCCUGCCACAUACUACACCACCAACCCGGCCUGAUGCUAGGGUGAUGUGAAGUAUUUACAUCCAGAUUACAUCUUCGUCGGAUAUUCAACCGAUGUUCUGCACAU